AUGGGCAUUGCUGCUUUUAGGCCGUUGCGGUGGUUCCGCGACAAUAGGUCGGCGAAGGAGUGCGCAAAUUCCCCGCGCGGCACAAUUGCCGGCUGCAGUCCUCUCCGCGAAGAGCGGCAACAGCAUUCCGUGGUUAUUGCCUCUGAAGCGUUAGCAGUAGGUGAUGACAACAAGCAAGGGGACACUCUUCAUAGCACUCACUGCAAGGGGCAAAGAGAUAAAUCUUUGCCGCGGUCUCCACCCCUAUUUGCCGCCGUGGGCUCUGAAGAGGAUGAAGUUGCGGGUUCAAAAAACGUUGCAACCGAGAACCCGUUGGGCGCCACCGCGAGGGAGAAGCUGUGGCAGCAAAGCACGUUGGAGAUGUCUCUGCGGGGCCUUGGCGAAAAUCCGCUGCGCCCGAAACAAGGGGGGCGCCGAGAGUCAGUGCUCACGGAUGAGGUAAGAACGCCUCUACUGUUUCGAACUGCAUCGUUUCAUGAAAGAAAAGGAAGCGUAUAUAGUGGGGUGACGUGGGAUGGGACGCAACGAUUUAGGAUGUCAUCUCGCGCAGGAGGAGAUGUUGCGUCUAGGCCUCUCCGGGUUCUGAGUGGACGGAAGUCGCCAAAUUCCAUUCUUUCGGAUUUCCAUAGUAAUGUGGAGUCGACGGUAAACCUUAGCCAGGGGAGCAACGCUCGCUCGCUGCAAAGUGCAUUGUGCAGUGUUGAAACCACAAGGACCUUAAUAAAUGCCAAGGCCGUCCUUCGCAAACAUGUACACCAUUCAUUGGCAUCCUCGUCAGAAAGUGGCAAAACUACUAGUUAUCGUUCCGCAGUACAUAAUGCCCGAAAUGAGGGAGAUGUGGGGGCUGUGAGACCAGUAAACCCUUUAGUUCCAUUUGACGUAUCUGGGGAGUUCGCCCGUGUGUCGCCGGCAAAUGAGGGAGACUUUGGUGAUAGGAUGGGCGAAGAAGUAUGGGAGUGUGCCGGGGGCGAUGGUGGUCGGUGUCGCAAAGGGCAUACACCUUCACAGAUUGAAUGCCCUUCUCCAACCCUGUCAUCAUCGUCUGUGUUCCGGAAUCGUCGCAGCUCUUCGGGCCAAUGCGGAGUUUUUUCAGCUGACAGAGCCAUGAUUUCUGACCUGAUGGAUCGCUCUGUAGAGUACGCAACUAGUGAGGAUCCCCCGGACCAGUCCUCUGGCCGUUACAUCAACAGGCGGUUCUCAGCGCAUCCUCCUCAGGACACCGGUUGGGCACCCCCAGCCGAGCUUCUUUCAACGGGCUACACCCCACAAUUUAAUGGGAUGCCGCCUUUUCGCAGGGAAUUAGGGCACGCGGAGGGCGUCAUAGCCCGCGGCGAAGCUGAGCCCGACGGAACUGAACUUAACCAAAACGGCGUAUGUAAUUCAAAUGAGAAUAAAGGUUGGGUGGGGAUUGGCGGUGACGCUGGUGUCGAGAGCGACGACUGGUAUGCGCGGCUGCGCUCCCGUCUUCGCCUGGACGAUUCCGAAGGAAAUGCAGAAUCUUCCAACAGCACCGGGCACAUUUGCGGCAACGGCGACCGGGAGAAGAAGAGGGGCUCUGUCUCCGGCGGCGGUGUGGGGGCCGAGGUGUGCCCCGCAGGAGACAGCAACAGUGAGGAAUGGGGACAAGCUAACAAGGCGAGGUGGUAG